GUACAUAUAGUUAAAAUCAUCUUUGACACUUAAUUAUAAUAGUUAUAAAAAAAAAAAGAAUGAUACAUGAAGAAUUAUCUCACUUUUUAUACAGAAAAGGUUAUUCAUCUUGAAUUACACACACACAAAAGAUCUUCAUUUAGGAAAGGAUGAAAUAAUCACUGUUAGCACGUUUUUCUUUUUUAGGUAGCACAUUAGAUAAAAUUAUAACGCUGUUUAUUUUCCUUGUAAUACUUGAUAAGUUUCAAAUCUUUCUCUCUCUCUCUCUCCCUCUUGUUUUAAUCAUUUUUAAAUAAUACGUAUGGGACUUCUUAAAUUAGGCAGUUUAUAUAAAAAGAAGAGUAAUAAAAAAGAAAAAGCACAACAACAGCAAGAGUCAUCAUGUAUCGCAAUAUCUGCUCCUUCAGUACCUAAACUAGAACCUAUUUCAUUAGAUUUAAACUUGGACUUGAAUAAUCAUUGUUUAGAUACUGAUAUACAUAGUAAAGUGAAUGACACGACACUCUGUUUUCCAAAAAAAGCACAAGCAGAUAAACAACAAACUACAUCCUACGGUUUAGGUAGUAGUAGCUUAUUUGAUGACAUUUUUGCUGAAUUGGAUGGUGGACAAAAGGAUUCGAUUCAAACUGAUAUUUCAUUAGCCCUUGCCCUAUCACAUCAACUUCAGUUAGAGCAAGAAGAAGUAUUGAACUCGGUUGAUAUGAAAAAAACAAAAGACAAUAACAAAGAGAAUAAAGCAUCCAAUAUUCUUUUAAAUAGUGAUAGUAUCUACAGUAGCUAUUUAAACGCUCCUUCAGCAACAAACCAUAGUGAGUCAUUAUCGACAAGUAUGUUUGAUUCUCUUUUAAACAAAGAUGCUAAAACUUCAUCACCGUCUUUGACCACGUUUAGGAUAACAGUAGAUCCUAAAGUUGAUAAUAAUAAUACAAAGACUCCAGUUGUUACUCAAACAGUAUUAGAUUCUGACGUCUCUGAUACUGAUGAUGAGUCAAAAAUUUCUUCUGUAGACUAUAGUGAUCAAGACGUUGAUGCUAAAAAGAUAGCAAAUAAUAGUCAUAGUUCACGAAAACGUAUGACAAAGGGCGUACAGCCUAUCAUGGAAAGAAGAAGACAGGAUAAUGAGCCCUUAGUUCAGCGAAAGGUGGAUAAUUGGACUCAUGGAAUUGAACCUGAUUCAGAUCAAGUAGAAUCCAUGAUUGAAAGAAUGAAAGAUAGACAUAGAAAUCAAGCGAAAUUGGCCGCUUUACGUCAACAGGAACUCUUUCAUACUAGCAUUAUGAUGAGACAGCAGCGUCCUUUUGUUGUUCCACAAGCGUAUGGGCCCUUAACGGUAACUCCUCUCUCAACAAACCAUGUUGUCUUACCUCACCCAGGUAGUAAUAGGUUUAUCGAUUCAGCCCAACAACAACAACAAAUGUAUUAUUGUCCUAUGAUCCCAAAUGAUUUGCCAGAUAUUACGCAACAGAUGCAUCAACAUCAUCUCUACCACCAACACUUUAUACCUAAUGCAUCUUAUUCUAAAAAAGAGGAUUACAACAACACCUUGCAACAAAGACAGUCAGUUCAUCAAUUACCUCCACUUAGACAGAGUAAGUCAACUCCUGUUAGACAACAACCAACUAUGAAAUUAAACAAACUACAUCUGCCUCCUCCUGCAGCUAAUCAUAGGCAUAUAAAUGAUAGUCAAGCAGAUACAUCAACCUCCUCUAUUCCAUUUACUUUAUCAAACACAACUCUCAACGAACAACAGCAGUCAGGUCAUAUCGAAUUAGAAGAAGAUAAGAACUCGAUGAAGAAUACAUCUUUUCCAGAAGCUCCGAAUCAUUUUAAUGAGUUUCAUGCAAUUGAAGACGAGACCAUCAUAGCAGCUGAAGCAGACAUUGAAAGUAAUGAUGAUGAUGAUGACGACGAUAGAAUAGAGAAUACUUUUUCUUCUACAAGAAAACGAAAGUCACAAACAAAAAGAAAGUCAUCACGUCAAAAAGGAGGAGGAGGAGGAGAAGGAAAUGUAAAUCAACAAGAAAUUAUCAAUACGAACUAUUUACAAAACAUACGAUCUUCCAUAUCAGUACCUAAUUUAAAAAAGAUAAAACAAGUAUCAGCUAGUAACAACAAGAAGGGAAAAAGUAAGUCAAGUAGUAACCGUACUAGUAAUAGUAGUAAUAGUAGUAGUAAUAGUAGUAGACAAACUGCACAAGGUUAUAGUACAGCAGCAAUGAGCAUAUCAUCACCUACAGAAACAUUACCAAUCCCACCACCUUUACCUAUAUCAUAUCAGAGUCCACAUAUUGUUUCUGCCAAAGAAAAUCAUCAUUACAACUUACAACAACAUCACUAUCAGCAGCUUAGACCUAUGAAAAGUGAACCUGAUUUUACUAGUAACAGUAGUAGUGGUAGUAGAAGAAAAAGUCAUAAUUAUAAGCAACAACAACAACAACAGGAUUAUGACUGGGAAAGGCUAUGUAUUUAUCAACGUGAGCAACAAUAUCAAGAUAAUUUGUGUAAGACUCAAAACCGACACAUGUCACAUAUAAUGCCUAUGCAUGCAGCAGCAGCAGCACCUAUAUAUUAUCCAGUCAUGUCUUCAUCUUCAUCAACUUAUAAUAAUAGAAUACCAAAUGAAAUAGGAAUAAAGGAUCCUCAUCACGAUUUAUUGCUAUAUAAUAGAGGGAGUUUUAUAGGAGGAUAUCAAUCGAACACUAUGAUACAACAGCCUUUCUUAUUUAGAUAAAUAAACUAGUAUAUUCUAAAGAAAAGACAGUAGCCAUUUUUUUUUUAAUGUGAUACAUAGUAAAAAGAAAACAUACAUUAUUAAAUAACUUUAAGUACCACCACCACCACAAGCCAUUAAUGACAUAAAAGCUUGCCAAAAGCUUCGAUGCUCUUCUUUGUUAUUUCUUUGUUGUGUUUCAUAUUGAUUUGAAUCAUCUAUAGUUCCAUGAGUAGGUGUAGCGGGCAUUUUUGUAUACGCAUCAUUAUUAAGUGCUGAAGAUGUAAACGGCAUAUUCGAUAAUUGUGUCAUCAUAUUAUUAUUAUUAUCAGC